AUGCCAGAGGGUCCAAGUGGAUCGUCUGACCUUCUCGCUGUGACAGAGGAGAUCAGAGCUCAUCUCCUGCUCUUGUAUCGUGGCUGUGACCACUCAUCACUCUGUUUGAAGAUUACCCGCUCGCAGACAUCAUCACUGGGGGUGAGGGGGGGCAGCUUAGAGGGUCCAGAGUCCAUAAUCCCUCAGCCUUCACGCCGAUUCUCCAUGCACUUCGACUCACUGAAAUACAAGCGUCCGCAGCAGCAGUCGGAGCUGUGGGUCCGCCGCGGGCCUCCUCAGAUGGAUGACACGUCUGCAGUGAAUGUGAAGGGGGAGAGGGGACUCGGCACCCGACUGCACGAAAAACCAAUGGGCCCAGGCCUGGCUCCAGGGAGGCUCCCCGGCUUAUCAGGAGGGACCCAAGCUACAGGAGGAACUGUAUACAGGCCUAGCUAA